AUGGUGGAGAAGGUCCCUGGGAAGGAGGCCAAACCCUACUGAAACCAUCCUCCAGCAUCCGGACUUCACUCCACAAAGGGCAUAUAUCAGCCACAAGACCACAGCUCCCCAAACCUCCUUCGCUUGCAACGGUGGCCUCCACGAAGCACAGAACAUGAUCAAGGAGGAGCCCAGCUCAGUUCCUGUGACAUCCACUGUGAUCAACAUCCACAGUGACACUGGCCAGCCAGACUAUGUCACCUGGUCCCUGUUCAACUCAAUCUAUAUGAACUUCUUCUGCCUAGGCUUCGCUGCCUAUGUCUUCUCUGUGAAGUCCAGGGACAGGAAGAUGGUGGGCGACAUGAAUGGAGCCCAGGCCUUCGCUGUCACCGCUAAGCGCCUGAACAUCAUCGCUGUGGCUGGCACCAUUCUUGUGGCCAUUAUAAUCAUCAUUGUUAGAUCAGUUGCAUCAAGAUAAGAAUCCGAAUGUAGGUGCUAACCAUGCCGCUUGUACUUUGCACUCACAGGCUGUGGGUUCAAUCUUCAGCAUGAAAAAAGAGAGAGAGAGAGAGAGAGAGAGAAAGAGAGAGAGAGAGAUCGAAAGUGUUUUCUAAAUGUGAGUCCUGCAUGUCCCCUACCCCUCCACCCCUCACCCCAGACCAUGAGGCUGAGGCCCUGACCCACCACCCCAGCUUAAUGUAGCCACUCACACUCACAUCUGUCCGAGA